AUGGGCACGCCAGCGGAGGGACCGCCACCCAUGGAUGGGCACGGUGCCCCGCAGCGGCCGCAGCAGCAGCAGCAGCAGCAGCAGCAACAACAGCAGCCGCAAGACCAGGAACAGCAGCAGCAGCAACAGCAACAGCAACAACAGCAUCAUCAUCAUCACCAACAACAACAACAACAUCUCCACCAGCCACAACACGGCUACGAAUCUCGCAGCAAUGGCCUCUCUAGACGCCUCACCGACGAAGCGCAAUCUUCCAACAACACGCUCGCGACCCAGGACCGCAACGCCUACCCAACCCGAUCCUCCACCGACCCACAGGACCAUAACCGCGACCUUGCCCCGCCACAAAAACCCAAGCGCAGUGGCAAGAUUUGCGGCAAGUGCGGAGAAGGCCUGACCGGCCAGUUUGUGCGAGCGCUGGGCGACACCUAUCAUCUCGAGUGCUUCACCUGUCACGACUGUGGCAAAAUUGUAGCCUCCAAAUUCUUCCCCGUACCCGAAAAGCCCCCAGGGCAGUACCCUCUCUGCGAAACCGACUACUUCCGUCGCCUCGAUCUCCUCUGCUUUGAGUGUGGCCAGGCCUUGCGUGGGUCAUACAUUACCGCACUCGACCGAAAAUACCACAUCGAACACUUUACCUGCUCGGUAUGUCCGACCGUCUUCGGUGCCUCGGACAGCUACUACGAACAUGAAGGCAGCGUCUACUGCCAUUACCACUACUCCACUAAAUUCGCCCAAAGAUGCAACGGCUGCCAAACUUCGAUAUUGAAGCAAUUCGUCGAAAUCUUUCGAAAUGGACAGAAUCAGCAUUGGCACCCUGAAUGCUACAUGAUACACAAGUACUGGAAUGUGCGAUUGCACUCCACCGGCCAGCCGGUCACGGAGCGCUUCCACGGUGACGACAGUAACGCGACGGACGAGGUGCGCGAAAGCGUGCGACAGCAAGAGGAGGAGAUUGAAGCCAAGGUCAACUGGAUCUGGAAGACACUGUCUGCCUUUGAGGAAAAGUCGGCGACUUGCAUUUCCGACAUGCUGCUGCACGUUAGCAAUGGUGCCUAUGUCGAUGGGGUCAUGGCAGCCAAAAAGUUCAUCGUGCACGUGGAGCUGCUAUUCUCGGCUGCAGACGAACUGGAUGCGCAGUUGGUCUCCAAGACGCCCAAAGGGCUGACUUAUUCGCGUGAAUCAAAACUGCUUUGUAAAAAAGUAGUUGCCUUCUUUGCGCUACUUACCCAAUCCCAAGGAACCGGGGUGCGCCGGCUCGGCGUAACCCAGGAACUCUUGUCCCUAGUCACUGGACUGGCCCAUUAUCUGAAGCUCCUCAUUCGCAUCUGUCUGCAGGGAGCCCUCAAGCUGGAACGUGAAACCCGAAGCGCAAGCGGCAUCACCAACUUCUUGACCCAGGUCAACUCGCUCGAUGCCCGUCUCGAAGAGGAGGCACAGCGCGACCAGGCUGCUGAAGCGGCCGUCCUUGUGCCCAGAUGGGCGGAUUCAUGCCCGAUUUGCGAUUUACAAGUCGAGGAAAAAUGUGUCCGCUUGAACAACAUGUCGUUCAACUACCAGUGCCUCGUCUGCCGUGGCUGUAACGCAGACCUACGUGGCGAUGCACGAAACGCAUACUGGAGCAAAUCCAAACACAAGAUCUUUUGUCCCGCUUGCGCAGCAGCACAGCCGGAUGCAGAGCGCGGCUUCGAACCAGUCACCAAACUACGGCAAUAUGUCCACCUUCUCAAUGUGGCCCACGCCCGACUGAUGGCGACCCUUCGAUCUAGCGGUGCACUCCCUCAUACGUCUGAUGAUCCCAAUCUCGCUGGGUACGAUUCCUCGCAGGGCCAUCGUCUGGGGGGUAAGGAAUCCGAUCUGCAGCCACCGCAUUUGCGCCAAGAUGCUCGUUCCAAGUCGUACGGAGAUGCGUCGACUACGGAAAGCCAACUCAGCUCCAAUGCUGCUUACGAACAGUCCAUGUCCGACAUCAAGCGCCUGCGAUCGACCAGGCUGGACAAGCACUUGUCCAACACCAUGAAGCGUGCUCGUGCAUCACGCAUCAUUGAUGGACCAGAAGGUAUGGAGGCGGGGGGCGAGGCCGAAUCGCGCGGAGGCAUGCAGAUUGUUCAAGAGCGUGAUGGCAACGAGUCUGACAAUGUGACUCUCGCAGUAAACUCGCUCGCGCUCGACGACAUUGCUCGCAUGGCAGCUCUUGAACAGCAACGAGAACAACGGCCAAACGCCUUCAGGGCAGGUGGCAGCGCCUUGCUUGGACGCGACGAUCAGCCGCGGCUGCACAAUGGUCAUCGUCGCGACUGCUCUGGUGGCCAGGAAUUACAGCACAUGUCCGAGGGACGGCCUCGUACCUUCUUCUCGGAGCUGUCUCCGCUCGAGUACUUCAAGCUCAAGGGGCUUGCCGUCCUUCAAUUGGGCCUUUUGCUAGACGACAACCAAUAUAAUCAAGGUGAUCUACUCGAUUUGAUUGAAUCCAAGAAGAACAACUUCUGGGGCAAAAUUGGCUUUGGUAAGGCGAAGAGCAAGCCCAAGAAGGGAGUCUCGGGGGUUGAAAAGCCAGUUUCGGAAAAGGCAACCUUUAGGCAAGCUCUCGAGUACCUGGUGGAAAAGUACGGCGAUGAAUGCACUGAAGGUGUAGGCCCAGGCGCGCUCAAGGUCCCUGCUCUGCUACAGGACUGUAUUACGGCCAUGAGAAGCAUGGAUAUGUCCAUUGAGGGAGUUUUCCGGAAGAACGGAAACCUGAAAGCUCUUAGAGAGUUGGAGGAGGAGAUUGAUGCCAAAGGCGUGCAACAAGUGGACCUCAACAACAAGAACCCCGUCAUCCUCGCCAAUCUGCUGAAACGGUUUCUGCGGUUGAUGCCCGAUCCAGUCUUGACACUGAAGCUGUACCGCUUGUUCAUGGUCGCCAAUGACAUUGAAGACGAAGCGCAAAGAAAGAAGGUGUUGCACCUUGUGCUCUGUCUUCUGCCCAAAGCACAUCGCGAUACCAUGGAAGUUCUGUUCUGCUUCCUCAACUGGGUUUCUUCAUUCCACACUGUGGAUGAAGAAUCUGGCAACAAAAUGGACACAUGGAACAUUGCCACCGUCAUGGCACCAAACAUUCUGCGAGAAAGCAACGACAAAGAAGUCAAGACGGUUGAUCAAGCUGCGGUCAAGGUCGUGUUCGAUCUCAUUGAAAACAAUGAUGAAUUCUCAGAGGUCCCUCCUGAGAUUAUGGAGCUACUUAGCGAUGACGGUGCAUCUGACAUGAGCGCGAAAGAAAUUAUGCGACAAUGGGAACAAAGAGGAAAACACCCCAUCCAAGCACCACCUGCUACCUCGCCUAGUCCAGCCAACCUGAGCGGAACCGCGUCUCGAAAAGACCAACGUAAUGCACCGCAAAUCACACAAGCAAAGAAUAACCCCACCGCCCUUGCCGGCGAAGCCUCGGUCCGCCAGAACCAAGCACCCGGACAACCCCAACCUGCGUUUGGAACACCGAGUAUCCAGCACAGCCCGACCGCUCCAAACGACAUGGGCAGCCCUGACCCAGCCUACGCCCGAAAUCCAAGCGCUUCGGGUGAGAGCCAUCGCACGGGGUCGCCGCACCGACAUAGCUACCGGUCACCGGCCUAUCAAAAGCAGAUUGGCACGGCGGGCGCUAGCUGA